AUGGUUCUUGCGCAACGCCUACUGGGAGUGCUGCUGGUUGACAUCGGUCUGCUUCAGUUGGUCGUUGUCGUCUCUAGAAACAGGGCUGGUGUUUACCUUACUCAGUAUACGCCCCGGGUUCGGCGCAAGCUUAAUCGGAAUAGUACAGAGAUGUGUAUCAACCUGCGUGGAUACUCCAGACUUAGCAUGGGCGUUGUAGAACUGACUAUCAGAUUACGUGGAUCAUGGCGUCUCUCCAUGUGGGCAGGACAACACAGAGACGUUGACGGCCAUAGCUUGAGCCCGCUAACUGACGUUGCCGUUAAUCAACGUGCUAUAUUCCAAAAUGGCUUGCGAAAGCAGCGGUCAAUGCGCUAUUGUUCACUUGUAUUACUGCUCGAGGGGCAGGCCGUCAUUGAUAUACGGAGUCAAUGGGGUGGGCUGGCUGUCAAAAUAGGUCCUGAAUGGGCAAGGCUACAAAAUUGCAGGCCUGGCGAGAACCCUGUCACUCUAAGCGGAGAAGACCAUCGGAUCGUAAUGGGCUGGCGCUAUAGAGCUGCCAGUGGGCUCAUCAGGCGGCCAUCGCCUGCGUGGUUGGAUUCGUCCCCGGUCUCGAACAGCCAGCAGCAAUCGCCAGGAAAGCCUCAGCAGGACCACGCCCUAAUGGCAGAGAUGAUGAUGAAGAAAAAGCAAAGAGUCGUCAUUGCGAAGUUGAGCACAAGAAGUCUGAGAGAGGAAGAGACAUGCGCUGCUGGUGGUUCAAGAAGCCCUGCGCCGUUUCCUCCCGUGAUAUUGUGGUCUGCUACCUUUAGCAGUCUGACAGCUGCGCUUUGUCUUAACUGGCCAUCUCGUCUAGCAUGGACCAGUCAUCAACCACAGGGUCAAAUUUCUGGAGAUAAUCCCGAGCAUCAAAAUGACAAAACCUUCGAACACGUUGACGACACUCCGGUAGAUCACCACGAGGAAAGGAAGAGUGGCUCAAAUGAGAGAUACGUUCAUCUGUUCCUGCAUGUCAACACUAUGCUCCUGCCCUGGAUCACUGUUGCUCAUCAACCCUGA